AGACUCUCCUUUUGGGUCGGCUGGAAAGGUGGCAAGCUAGAAAAUGUUUGGUAGAUUCGGUAACUUGGCCCCCGUGCUUGCCCAAAAUGGGCAGCAGCAACAACAACGUGGCAUGGCCACCUUAAAACACAUCUCCAUGCGUUUGAAAUCCGUCAAAAAUAUUCAGAAGAUCACUCAAUCCAUGAAGAUGGUGUCUGCAGCCAAGUAUGCCAGGGCUGAGAGGGAAUUGAGGGCUGUGAGGCCUAUCGGAGAUGGAACCAAGCAAUUCUAUGAAAAGGCUGAAGUGACCCCUAUUGCUGAUGUGCCAGCUAAGUUGGUGAUUGCCAUAACUUCUGAUAGAGGUCUUUGUGGGGCUGUGCACACUAGUGUGGCACGUCACAUUAGGAAUGAACUGGCCAUAGAUGAUCAGAAUACCAAAGUUGUUUGUGUGGGUGACAAGUCUCGGUUGAUUCUCCAGCGUCUCUAUGGAAAGAACAUCAUCAUGGCUUGCAAUGAAAUAGGCCGUCUGCCCCCUACUUUCAUAGAUGCCUCCAAGCUGGCUGAUGCUAUCCUGAAAUCUGACUACAAAUUCAACUCUGGGGAGAUUGUAUUCAACAGGUUCAAGUCUGUAGUGUCUUACAACACACAGACUCUGCCUGUCUUCAGCUUGGCCUCUGUCACGGCUGCUCCCAAGCUGUCCAUCUAUGAUUCCUUGGACGAUGAAGUGGUCCAGAGCUACUUGGAGUUCUCUCUGGCCUCCCUGCUGUUCUAUUCCAUGAAAGAGGGCGCCUGCAGCGAGCAAUCCUCCAGGAUGACGGCCAUGGACAACGCUAGCAAGAACGCAGGCGAGAUGAUCGACAAGUUGACUCUGACGUUCAACCGUACCAGACAGGCGGUCAUCACCAGAGAGCUGAUCGAAAUCAUCUCUGGGGCCUCGGCGCUUUAAGAAAAUUCCGGUUAUCGUGAGAACGGGUACUCAUUGGGGGUUUCUUUGAAAUUUAAACUGUGAUUAGGAGGUUUACAGAUUUUUACAGAUUUAUUUUAUUGAUAGCAGUUCUGAAUUGUCACUGUGAAAUUGAAUGUGAAGUGAAAGUAAGCCCAAAUUCUCUGUCAUCUUUGAUCAUUUUUAUUCAUACUUUACUGUAGCAAUUCUAACUGUGGAGAUAAUUGUAAUUUCAACUUAGAUUUUGUUUCACAUAAUAAUCCAUACCCAGGGUAGUAAAUACUUUGUUUAAUUCCAAAACUAAAUGAAACUGUUUAUUGUCUUCUUAUCCCAGCUCUAAUUUUGAAGAGCCUCAAUUAGUAAUUGUUUGAAUGGUAAUUUCCAAUGAAAUCAAUUGAAUCCUAGAAAUAAUUGAGAAAAUGAAAGCUCAUUCUUUAAAUUUAAGUUGAAAUAUUAGGAAUAGAAAAGUGUGUGAUUAUGGCAGUAAACAUGAAUCUAAAAAGAAAGUAAGCCCAAAUUCUCCAAUGAUAAAAUUUUUAUAUUCAUAUUUACUGUUAUGUUAUUGGUAUAAUUGGUGGUGAAUAAAAAUAUCUAACAUU